AUGUCAAAUAACAUCAAGGUCGUCUGUCGUUUCCGUCCUCCCAAUGCCAUUGAGCAGCGGGAGGGCAGCGACAUCGUCGUCGACUUUAGCGAUGACGGAUCCCUCGUCAAGAUGACCCGCGGCGUGUCCACCUCCGGUCCUGAGGCAGGCGGCUUCGUCUUCGAUCGUGUCUUCCCAAUGAACACUGCGCAGCGCGACGUCUUCGAGUUCGGCCUCAAAGAGACCGUCGACGACGUUCUCAACGGCUACAACGGGACCAUCUUUGCCUACGGUCAGACCGGUUCCGGUAAGACCUUUACCAUGAUGGGAGCCGACAUCGACAACGACAACCUCAAAGGUAUCGUCCCACGCAUCACCGAACAGAUCUUCGAAAACAUCAUGGCCAGUCCGCCGCAUCUCGAAUACCUCGUCAAGGUCUCUUACCUAGAAAUCUACAUGGAGAAGAUUCGCGACCUGCUCGCCCCACAGAACGACAACCUGCAGAUCCACGAAGAGAAGAACCGAGGUGUCUACGUCAAGGGCCUCUCAGACUUUUACGUCGGAGGUCAGGCCGAUGUGUACGAGAUCAUGCGUCAGGGUGGGCUUGCCCGCGCCGUCUCCUCCACCAACAUGAACGCCGAGUCAUCACGUUCGCAUUCCAUCUUCCUCAUAACAAUUCAGCAGCGCAACACGGAGACCGGCAGCGCCAAGACGGGCAACCUUUACCUUGUGGAUCUGGCAGGUUCCGAAAAGGUCGGCAAGACCGGCGCAAGCGGUCAGACGCUCGAGGAAGCCAAAAAGAUCAACAAGAGUCUGUCGGCGUUGGGCAUGGUCAUCAAUGCGCUCACCGACGGCAAGUCAUCUCACAUUCCCUAUCGUGACUCCAAGCUCACUCGUAUCUUGCAAGAGUCGCUUGGAGGCAACUCGCGAACCACGCUCAUUGUCAACGCUUCUCCAUGUGUCUACAAUGCCGACGAGACGCUCUCCACCCUGCGAUUCGGUGUACGUGCCAAGAGCAUCAAGAACAAGGCACGAGUCAAUGCCGAGUUGUCUCCGGCCGAGCUCAAGGCACUGCUCAAGAAAGCCAAAGCCGACAACGAGCGAUAUCAGCAAUACAUUGCCAAUCUUGAGGCGGAGCUCAAGACAUGGCGCUCGGGCGGCAAGGUGCCCGAGUCCGAGUGGGCCGAUGCCUCCAAGGUGGUCGUGGGCCAAGGCGCACCACUGCCUUCGCCGGCUCUGACGCCGACACCAAGUCAAUCGAGACCCAUCACGCCAGCCGUGGAGAAUUUGCGCGACCUUGCCUCCCGACCAGAGACGCCGUCGGCCACUGCGAUCGAUAAGGACGAGCGGGACGAGUUCCUGCGCAGGGAGAACGAGCUCAGCGACCAGAUCGCCGAGAAGGAAGUCGUCCUCAAGUCAGCAGAGAGUGCACUGCGUGAGGCCACCCAGGAGUUGGGCUUCUACCGCGAGCAAGAGGCGACACUGUCCAGGGACAACAAGAGCAUGACGUCCGAGAUCAACGAGAUCAAGCUUCAGCUCGAGCGCGUCACGUACGAGCACAAGGACGCCACCAUCACGCUCGACAUCCUCAAGGAGCAGAACAAAGACCUGUCGGCGGAGCUCGAGGAGCUGCGCAAGUCGCUCGCCGACACUGCGAAGACGGUCAAAGACCCAUCACAAGAAGGCAAGGAGCGCAAGAAGGCGGAGCGCAUGGCCAAGAUGAUGGCCGACUUCAACCAGGGUAUCGUCUCCGAAAAGGAAGAGCAGAUCCGCGAGACGCUCAGCAAGCUCGAGAAUGCUGGCAGCGAUGGCUCCGGAGCGCUCUCGGCCGAUGACCUGUCUACCCUCCGCGAACAACUCCUCGAGUCGCAGAGCCUGUUGCGCGAGCAGACGGAGCGAGUUCGUCAAGCUCACGAAGAGAGCGAGCUGCUGCACCAGAGACGCCAAGAGAUCGAGAGCCGUUUCGCGUCGCUCGAAGCCGAGUACGAAGAGCUGCUCGACAAGUCGAUCAAGGCCGAAGAGGCCAACCACGUCAAUGUCGACGUCACCAUCGAGGAUCUCAAGAACAAGCUCGAGUCGCAGUAUGCGUCCAAGCGCGAUGCUCAGACGAGCGAGAUCAACGAUCUUAAGCGGCAGAUGGAGUUCAAGGCCAAGGAGAUCGCUGUGCUGACCUCGAACAACGACACGCUGAAGAGCACCAACGAGGAACUCAAGCGCGCCUUUGCCGUCACCACUGCCGGGGUCGAGGGCGGACGCAACCUGGCCGAGUCGGCACGCGACCUGGAGCGGGUGCGCAAGACCAUGGCAUCGCAACUGUCCGAGUUUGACACGAUGAAGAAGUCGCUGAUGCGCGACCUGCAGAACCGCUGCGAGAAGGUCGUGGAGCUCGAGAUCUCGCUCGACGAGUCGCGCGAACAGUACAACAACGUGGUGCGCAACAGCAACUCCAAGGCGCAGCAGAAGAAGAUGGCAUUCCUCGAGCGCAACCUGGAGCAGCUAACCAACGUGCAGAAGCAGCUGGUGGAGCAGAACAGCAGUCUCAAGAAGGAGGUCUCGAUUGCCGAGAGAAAGCUGUUGGCGAGGAACGAGCGCAUCCAGGCGCUGGAGCAGCACCUCAUGGACAGCCAGGAGAAGCUCAUGUUGCAGAACCGCAAGUUCGAGGACCAGCUGCAGGCGGUCAAGGAGCGCUUGCAUCAAGCCAACUCGAUGCGCGUGCCCUCCGGUGGCAAUGUUGCGGCUGGCCCGCUGGGUUUCGGUCGCAUCGCCAAGCCUCUGCGCGGCGGUGGCCCGACAGCAGGACCGCAGCCGGGCUCGGUUGCGGCGAGGCAGGCUGUCUUCGGUGGAGCACCAGGUCCGAAUGACACCAACUCGCCCAAGGCUCGAUCGAGCUGGUUCUUCUCCUCCAAGUAG